UCUCACUCUCUCUCUUUUUUCUCUCUGCUCUCCUUUCUCAAAAAAGCCAUGACGGCGAUCCCGCGAUCCAUCUUCGCCUCCGCGCCAUCUUUAUAUUAUUUCUAAUUUAUUUUUAUUUUUUUUCCUCCCCUUGCCCCUCCGCCUCCUCUUCUCGUGGAUGUCAGAGGCGUUGGAUGAAGAUAUUUUUUUUUCUGCCCCACCGGAGUCUCCUCUCUAACCCUGGCUCUCCCCGAUGUGAUCCGCGCUGAACGCCGCCGCCGCCAGCCACCAUGUCUCGCCGCAAGCAAGGCAAACCCCAGCACUUAAGCAAACGGGAUUUUUCGCCAGCUGAGCCCCUCUCCACGGCUGUUGUCUCGUCGGAGGAGCUGUCGGAGCGCUGCUCGGAGAACUCGGAGGAGAGUGGCAGCCUCAACGGGCACCACCCGGGCUCGAACGUGGGCCGGCUGGCCCGGCUGGGUCAUGACGCUCACCCGUCUCUGGAGCAGGACCUGCUGACCUGCGGCCAGUGCCAGGCCACUUUCCCCCUGGCGGACAUCUUGCUCUUCAUUGAGCACAAGAGGAAGCGAUGCCACGGUCCGCCCUGCCUCACUGUGGGCAGGGGGCUGGACAAGCCCCCCUCACCCUCCCCUGGCUUGGCCCUCACUCCUUCGCCUGCAAUGGGCUCCCUGCGCAGCCGGAGGCUGGAAGUGGGUGUCCAGGCCACACUGGCAGAUGAAGACGAUGACCGGUUCUCAUCACCCCGGGGCAUUUGCCCCAAACAGGAGCCCCUCCCAGGUAAGGAGGAGCCUACCACUUAUACCUGCACUACAUGUAAGCAGUCUUAUGGCAGCGCCUGGUUCUUGCUGCAGCAUGCUCAGAACACCCACGGCUUCCGUAUCUACCUGGAAAGUGAACAUGGCAGUCCUCUGACCCCACGCAUGGGUGACCCUUCCUCCCUUGGCGGAGGCGCAGACUGCCCUUCUCAGCCUCCACUUCAUGGCCUUCAUCUGCCUCCUGAUGCAAGCCCCUUCAACCUGCUGCGCAUCCCUGGCUCGGGCUCAGGUGGAAGGGACAGUGUUGGAGCAGGAGGUGGCAUUGGCACUGGCGCUAUUGGUGGUGGCCAUCAUCAGCGUUUCCCCCCAACACCACCCCUCUUCAGCCCCCCUCCAAGGAACCACCUGGACCCCCACCACCUGAGCCCAGAGGAGCUGGCGCUGGCAGCCCACCACCCGAGUGCCUUUGACAGGGUGCUGCGCCUCAAUCCUCCUCUGCCUCUAGAUCCCCCUCCAACAAUGGACUUCUCAAGGCGGCUUCGGGAACUGGCGGGCAACACCUCAGGGUCCACUCCCCCGCUGUCCCCGAGCCGGCCAAGCCCCAUGCAACGCUUACUCCAGCCAUUCCAGACAGGAGGAGGAAGUGGAGGCACAGGAGGUGCAGGGGGCAGCAAACCUCCAUAUCUUGCUACUCCACCGCCUCUUCCAGGUUCCAUGCAGUCACCUGUGGGCUCUCAGACCACGCCCACUACCCCUCUCCCCUCAACAGGGGCUACACCCUCCUCUACCACCCAGUUGAAAUCAAAGUGUUGUGAAUUUUGUGGCAAGGCCUUCAAGUUUCAGAGUAAUCUCAUCGUGCACCGGCGUAGCCACACAGGAGAGAAGCCGUACAAAUGCCACUUAUGCGAUCAUGCUUGCACACAGGCUAGCAAACUGAAACGCCACAUGAAGACACACAUGCAUAAAUCGUCCUCACCAAAUACAGGCAAGUCAGAAGACGGGCUCUCUACAGCCUCAUCCCCGGAGCCUGGAACUAGUGAGCAUGUGGGCAGCGCAAGCAAUGCCCUCAAGUCAGUGGUGGCCAAGCUGAAAAGUGAGAAUGACCGUAUGCUACGUGAAAAUGGAGAGGAGGAGGAGGAGGAAGAGGAGGAGGAGGAAGAAGAGGAGGAGGAGGAAGAAGAAGAGGAGGAGGAAGAGGAGGGGGAGGAGGAGGAAGAGCAGAAUGGAGAGAGGGUAGCAAGACGAAACAAUAACAGCUAUCACUUUGGCUUGAACCUUGAAACGGCACGUCAGCAUGAAAACAACGGCAACAUCGGAAGUCGACUGGGAGGAGUGGCCGAUGAGGGGUCGAUCCCUCGUUCGCUGCCUGAGGUGAUGCAGGGGAUGGGUCUUGCUGCGAGCAUGCAGCACUUCAGUGAAGCCCUAAAUGCACACAAACGAAAUGCCAUGGCCCAAGAGAACCACCUGCACCACCACCUCAACCGAGACCAUCACCACAAUCGUGAGAUAUGCGAUGGAGACUCAGUGCUGGAAACCGAUCGUGGGGAGGAGGGCUCAGUCUCAACAGUCAACGGUCGAGGAGCAUCACCUAAUGAAUCCGCCUCUGUCGGCCUCUCCAAGAAACUGCUUCUAGGUAGUCCCAGUCCACUCAGUCCUUUCUCUAAACGUAUCAAGCUGGAAAAGGAGUUUGACCUGCCCACUCCUACAAUCCCUAACACUGAGAAUGUCUACUCUCAGUGGCUGGCUGGCUAUGCUGCCUCCCGACAACUCAAGGACCCUUUUCUGAACUUUGGGGAUUCCAGACAAUCGCCCUUUGCAUCCUCAUCGGAGCAUUCUUCAGAGAACGGCAGCCUGCGUUUCUCAACCCCUCCGGGGGAAUUGGAUGGUGGGAUGUCAGGCCGUAGUGGUACAGGCAGUGGGGGCAGCACACCACACCUCGGUGGUCCUGGGCGGCCCAGCUCCAAGGACGGCCGCAGGAGUGAUACUUGUGAGUUUUGUGGCAAAGUGUUCAAGAACUGCAGUAACCUGACAGUGCACCGGCGCAGCCACACAGGGGAAAGACCGUACAAGUGUGAGCUGUGCAAUUAUGCAUGUGCCCAGAGCUCCAAACUUACUCGCCACAUGAAGACCCAUGGUCAGGUGGGCAAAGACGUGUACAAGUGUGAAAUUUGUCAGAUGCCCUUCAGUGUCUACAGCACCUUGGAGAAACACAUGAAAAAAUGGCACAGUGACCGUCCUUUGAGUACCGAAAUUAAGUCAGAGUAGAAGGCCGAACAAUGGGACCUUUUCCCCGCAGUUAUGUCCACCAUCAGUCCCCGGUUUAUUCCCUGCCCCUUGUAGAUUUGCCCCAAUCCCAACACACCACUUUUGCCAAUCUGGCAGAAGUUUAAGACCAUGUGCUUUGCACCAGCACACCCUGUUUCCAUUACUCAUUGAAUGCAUGAUCUGUAUCGGGGCAAUACUCUUGCAUUGACGCAAAACUUCGAGCCUUUCUCUUGUGCAAUAAUUUACAUGUUGUGUACUAUUUUCUUUUAUGAGUUUUCCUUUUCCAUUUUUAAGAAUUAGUCAGCAUGCAUAGUAUGUUUUUGCUAAUCAAAGAAAAAAAAAAGAAAAGAACUUGUCCCUGGUUGGUUAGUUGUUGAGUAAAUGUGUUGCUGUUUUUCUCUUGUUCAGUUUUUUUCUUUUUAUUCUUCAAAAAGAGAAAAGACAAGAAAGAUACAUCCAUGCUGCAUACAUUCUGUAACACAUAUCAUGUACAGUUCUGUUUUGUAACAUGGAAAGUGAACAUUCUUUGACUUGAUCCAUUUCUUACAACCCUGGAAAUGCACUUAUCCUGAUCUUUCUAAAAGAUACCAUGUUCAGACAGGGUUUAUAAAAACAACAACAUGCAUUGGCUUGAGGACUAAACUGUAAGUGGGCCUCGAAAUUUCUUUAAAAAAGACAAGGGUGUGCUAGAAUUCAAUUUGUACUAUCAUUUGGUAGAAUAAGAAAGAGUGCCUUUGAUAUCUUUAGACUGCAUUGGCCAUAACCUUAUCUGGCAUAAGUUUGGGGUCACAUAAGCCACCCAGCGAAGGUCCUUGCAUCAAGCACCUGACUGCUCAAAUGGACUGUGAUGAUUCAUGAUGAAAGAUCAGCGAGUUCUCUUUAAUCAUCAUUUAGCUACCUAUUACAUGUUCAAUAGGCUAUCUUUAAUAUGUGGAUUUCAUGGCAAGCAUGGUACAAGCAGUAUUGUGUAUAUCUGAAUUAUUUGUAGUUUUGUUUUUUGGUAAGGAGGUACUUUUAAAACAAAGGUAACCUGUAGUGUACAAUCCUGAAUUUGAGGGAUACAACGCAUGGCUGAGAAGUGUCAUGUAUCUGCGUUAGCACAAACCUACAACGCUGCUUCAAUACGUCAGUGUGUGGAACAAUGCAUAAAGUAAUAUAUGAGCUCCAAAUGAGGCUAACUUUAUUUGAGAGCAUUGAAAUAACUACAAGCUAGACAGACAGAAAGCUACACAGAACUGGAAGCUACAUAUUACGGGGAUUAGAGGCAAUGUCUUUCACUUUACAUUUCCAGUAUCAAAACAGGGUCAUAAGUAUUAUUGCAGAGAAAAAAAUAGAGAAUUGCAAAAAAAUCUAUCUGUACUCUAGGGCUCUUUCAAAAAAAUCAGAAUGAGAUCAUUUUAAUCAGUGUGUAUAGGCUAAUGCAGAGCAUUUUUUGUUUGUUUGCUGUUGCUUUUUAACCCAAAGGCAGAUUUUUUUUUUUUUGUUGUUUCAUUCAAGCCGUUCACAGUUUUCACUUGUCACCUGGGGUACGUACUGACGUCUCUCGUGCAUUGUGCCACACCGAUGCAGAUUGAGUCUAAAAGCUAGAUUGUCAUUUAUAGGACAUAAAGUGCACUGUUUCCUUUUUUUCCUGUUUACAAGUUUACGUCAAAGGGGACGAAAACCUCACUGAAACGCUGUCAGACGAUGAGGGUCCCAUUGUUCUGAACAGUAAAAGAUAAGACACAUAAUAUGUUGCAACUCCACCCUCAUGACCUCUGUACCCUUGCCAUUUCACCUUUGACCAUUUGUCAAAUUGUUAUCCCUGGAAUCCCCAACAUUUAGCCUGGGCUGAAAUUUCAUUGUUGUCAGCAAGAUCUGUAAAUUCAAAGGUUCACAGCGAGUAACCGAUGCUCCUACACGGCCGUCAAAUGGACACAGUUUUCAUUCCUGCUGGCCACUGUAACAUCCACUUUUUUUCUUUCUUCUUUAUUUUAAAGGAGCUGCUGUUGUUGUCGUCUGUACCUGAAUAAUCUAUAGACCUUGCUGGCUUGUCAACUGAAACUCCAAGUUGUGUUGCCCACACUGCAAGAAUCUGUUUUUUGUAUAAAUCUUCCUUUAAUUAUAGAUAUGAAAAUAAACUUUUGUUUUCAAAUAACACUUCACGCUCUCUUAGGGGAAGAUGUAUUUAAGUUUAAUUGUCGUUUCUCUUUUCCUCAGCGUCUUGGUGGUGUUCAAGACUCCGAUCACAGUAUAUAUGAAAUGAUACAAAAAAAGAUGAAAAACAAACAAACAAAAAACAAAACAAAAAAAACAAACUCUGUGAUUUUUUUUUUUCGUAUUUUGUUUUGCCUUGGCUCUUCACAGCUCUUCAGGUUGAAAUACAUUGGGGAAAGGAUUAAAAUUAUAUAUGAAUAUAUAAUAAAGAACUUAAAAUAUAGGAAAAUGCACACUCAUGUCGAUUCCUAUGCUUAAACACAUUUAUGGUCUACUUUUUCUGUAUUUCUAGAAUUGUAUUUGAAUUCAAUGUUCACUUAGAGUAGGCACUAUAGUAUUUAUAUUGAGGCUCGUAUUUUUAACUGUUGCUUGUUCUCUCUAAAGGUAUUUACCAUACCUUCUUUUGGUAGUGGAAAAAAAAUCCCAAGCUGCCACGGUAUAUUUUUUUAAUUUGGCAGGAUAAUAUAGUGCGAAUUAUUUGUAUGUUUAAAGAAAUAAAAGAAAAAAAAACAUAAAAAGCAGCUAAAAUAUGUGGCAUUGGGAGGCGUCGUGGGGCCAUCAGAUGGCCGCUGCUGUUUCCUGUCCACAGAGGUGGUUGUACAUAUCUUUGCUUUUUGGUUCAGACCUCCUUCCCUUGUCCCCACCCCGCUGCCAUUCUUGUAUGCAGUAAUGCAAGCUGACGUCGGCCUGUUCUGUUGUGUGCUUCUGUCUCUCUCACCCCUCCCACCUGACAACAUUCCAACAUCAAGAAGCUAGGGGGGAAAAAACAAAAGAAAAAAAAACUUCAUAUGCAGUACAUGGAUUACGAAAAAGCGUCAAAAUAAA